AUGGCUUCGGGCCAACCCUUCGCGUCGCGCUCCUACGCGGGCGCAAAGCUGCCCGAGCGCUCCGUGAAUCAGAAUGCGAUGCCGUUUAGCGCGUCUGCGUUCUCGAGGCAUCGAGGACUAGGAAAUGCAGCUUCUGCAGACUUUGGCGGGGCUGAUGGGCCCAAACAGACACAGCAAUCUACAAAUGCGCCGGCCGCGACACAAUCUCAUGGGGCGGGCCAGGAUGCGAAUCCGUUGAGUCGAUUGACUGAAGAGCAGAGAGAGGAGAUUAAUGAAGCUUUCACUCUCUUCGAUCUCGACCGUGAUCGCCAUCUCGAUUAUCACGAAUUGCGCGUCGCUUUUCGCGCACUCGGCUUCACCUUGACCAAACAAGAGCUCAUCUCUCUCCUCACAACAUACGGUGUUCCCCGUCCCCAAGUCCAACAACAGCAGCAACAACAGCAACAGCAACAGCAGCAAUCCUCCACCUUGCAACAACACUCCAAGCUCAACACAGCCUCGAACCCUCAACAUCCAUCCAAUCUGCUCAUGCCACUCUCUUCAUUCCAAGCAGUCACCGCGCUCAAGAUCCUCGAGCGUGACCCGCGUGAUGAAAUCCUCCGCGCCUUUGAGCUCUUCGAUGAAGGAGGGAAGGGGUUCAUCGAUCUGGAGGACUUGCGUCGUGUGGCUCGCGAAUUGGGCGAGACCGGAUUGGAAGAGGAAGAAUUACGGGCGAUGAUUGAGGAGUUUGAUCUCGAGGGUGUCGGCGGUGUUACGAGGGAGGCCUUUGUGGGAAUUUGUUGGCAAUGA